AUGAACCCGAAAUCGAAGUUCUCGACGAGUCGGGAACGAGCGACAAACCCGUUGGUGUGGUGUGCCGCCAUCAUCUGCACCGUCUUGACCAUAGCCGUUAUCAUCGCGGGCAUUGUCACAUUCAUAGGGUACUUGGUCAUACAUCCCAGGGUGCCUUACGUUAGCGUCAUAGACGGUCACCUAGACCGUAUGCAGCUCGAUUACGCCGGUAUUCUUGAGAUUCAAGUAACGAUAUUGAUCCGAGCCAAGAACGGGAACAAGAAGGCGCACGCGAGCUUCUCAGAUUCGAGUUACGGCCUAGGUUUGAAAGGGGAAGCGGUGGCGCGGCUGGUAGCACCACCCUUUGAAGUAGGCAAGAACAGUUCGGUCGAUUUUAAUUAUGUAGUGCCAUCGUCACCGAUACCUUUGGGACCGGAACAAGCGGAAUACGUCGACGCGGGUUUGAAGAAUGACCGGAUUAUAUUCGACUUGAAAGGGGGCACCAGGGUGAGAUGGAGAAUAGGCCAUCUGGGCUCAGUUAGGUUCUUGUGUCGCCUCGAUUGCCAGCUGCAUUUUCAUCCUUUGAAUGGCACCUACAUUCCUUCACGUUGUAGUUCCAAGGCCAAAUGA